AUGCAAGACCCAAUUGGAAUCCCAGCUUGUUUUUCCGCCGGAGACAAGACGGAAGAUUCUGCAACAGUCACGAAAACCGGCCAGAGCGUUUUCAUGUCCGUUUACAAGGCCAACAUCGCCGAUCAGUGUCGUCUGAUUACUGUCACUUGGUGCAAAAACCUGCUGCUUCACGGCUUAUCAGUGUCCGUUGAUGGACCGGAAACGGAGUACACAUGCAAAGUCGAACUGAAGCCAUGGAACUUCUGGAGAAAACAAGGGUCUAAAAGCUUUGUAGUCGAUGGUAAGCCUCUCGACAUUUUCUGGGACCUCAAAGCUGCCAAGUUUCACGGCGAAACAGAACCAAUCUCGGAGUAUUACGUCGCGGUGGUUUCCGGCGAAGAGGUGGUGCUUGUUCUUGGGGAUAUGAGGAAAGAUGCUUAUAGAAAAACAGGUUGCAGGCCUGCUUUAAUCGAUCCCAUUUUAGUUUCGAGACGAGAACAUGUUUUUGGGAAGAAAAAGUUCCACACACGAGUUAAAUUCGAUGAAAAAGGAGGAUUUCACGAGAUUUCAAUCGAAUGCAAGAACAGAAACAAUGGAAAUGGGGAUGAUGAUUCAGAAAUGGAGAUAAAAAUCGAUGGUGACUUGAUGGUUCAUGUGAAGCAUCUUCAAUGGAAAUUUAGAGGCAAUGAAUCGAUUCUUUUCAAGAAAGUAAAGAUCGAAGUUUAUUGGGAUGUUCAUGAUUGGCUUUUUAGUCCUGGUUUAAGGCAUGCAUUGUUCAUCAUAAAACCGUCGUCUCCGGCGACAUCACCCUCACCGCCGCCGCCGACUUCACCUUCCCCGGCAGGGAUUUGUGGUUCAGUUGAAGGGUUUAAUCCAAUUUGUUCGUACGAGUUUUGCCUCUUUCUCUAUGCUUGGAAGGUCGACUCAUACAAAGUAUUUUAA